CCAAGACAUGCCCCUCAUAUCUCUCAGCUGGCGUGUGUCCGUGUACUACAUAGAGACACACUUCUGCAGACACACCUCACAAAUACUCCAAGUAAUGUAUGACAUGACAUAUUUACCCUGUUUUCUGGAAAUAUAAAGUCUUGCAUGAUUGACAGCGUUUUUGAAUCUCAAAAUGUGGUAACCUAAGCCAAAUUAUGCAACUAUGUCAUACAUACUCUUGCUGUGAUACUCAAAUGGAUAUGCCUGUGAGGUCAUCAUGCAUGCCAUCUCUUACCACGUGACUGUGAGGGUCCGAUCACUUUGCCCCCUGGCAUAAGUAUACCAACUUCAGGGUUCACCUAAACAGCCCUCAGUAGGCAUCAUGGACUUAAGGGAUCUCUUCACCGUAGCCCAGUUCAUAAAGAUCAGGUGUGAACACGGCCUGAAAGCUGGUGCCACGGACACCAAGGAUAAGAAUUAUGUCUUUUUUGAGGUGGAGAUCCUGGACACCAAGAGCAAGGCACAACUCUGCUACCUGGAUAAGGUGGAGCCAAACGCCACCGUUGCAGAGAUCAAGACCUUGUUGCACAAAAUUUAUCCCAAGUUUUAUCCAUCAAGACAGGCACUGAAGCUGCAUCCUGGGGGAAAGGCCCUCAGUGAUGAUGAUGUGCUGGAGGAUCUACCAGUUGGCACGACUGCAACCAUGUUUUUCCAGGACCUCGGCCCACAAUUAGGCUGGACUAUGGUAUUUCUAGCAGAGUGUCUUGGACCUCUUUUCAUGUACCUGCUGUUCUACUAUCGGCUUCCAUACAUCUACGUGCCUGAGUAUGACUACACCCGAAGUCCAUUAAAAGUUGUCGAGCUGGCUUGUUGGUGCCACUCUCUUCAUUACAUCAAGAGACUCGUGGAAACUAUUUUUAUCCAUCGCUUUUCUGACGGAACGUUACCUUUACGCACCAUAAUGCUGCUCUGUUUGUACUACUGGGGAUUUGCAGCAUGGCAGGCAUAUUACAUCAAUCAUCCGCUCUACACACCACCAAGCUAUGGGAGACUUCAAAUCUACUCUGCGCUGGUAAUGUUUUUGGUCUGCGAGUUUGGCAAUCUCUCAGUCCAUCUAAUUCUGAAUCGAAUCAGCUGUAAUGGGUCCAGACCUACAGAGAUCCCUUAUCCCACAAAGAAUCCAUUCACUUGGCUGUUUUUCUUCGUGUCCUGCCCAAACUACACAUAUGAGGUGGGAUCAUGGAUCAGCUUCACAGUCAUGACACAGUGUGUUCCAGUUGGAGUUUUCGCAUUUUUGGGGUUUAUUCAGAUGACUAUAUGGGCUCGGGCAAAGCAUAACACCUACGCCCAGCAAUUCGAAGACUAUCCUGAUCUGAGAACAGCCAUUAUUCCACUCUUCUUCUAGAUCUGUUGGAUAGACGAUGAAUCUACAUGCACUUUGGUCAUUGGACUUUUUUUUCAGACCUCGUUUUUUUUAGACACAAUUAAGUUUGUGACGUACUCUCCAAAGUACUAACUGGUGAUUAAUUACUAUUACUGUAUUAAUUAUAAAGAGGCUUACUGAGCAUUGACUGAGGUUAUACUUCAAAGUCAAGGAAGAUAUAGCCUACUGACAGUGACUAAAGGCCCUGUUUACACGAGAACGCUCGCGGGUGAAAACGUACAAAAUAUUUUAUCGGAUGUGCCUUUUGUUUACAC